AUGAAGAAGACCCUGUUGCUGUGCUUCAUUCACGGGUUCAAGGGCGGCGACGACACAUUCGGUAAUUUCCCUAGCCACCUGAAAGCAGUGCUGCAACAUGCGCUCCCCAAUGUCAAGGUGCUGGAGGUGACGUACCCAAAGUACGAGACGCGGGGAGAUUUGGGAGAAUGUGUGGGGAGGUUUCGAGAGUGGCUUCUGAACAAGAUCAUCGAUCUCGAAGUCGCAAACGCGACCCCCUCACCCACCGUCGAUCCCUCCGUUCACACCAUUCUCGUUGGGCAUUCUAUGGGCGGCAUUGUUGCGGCCGAGACACUCCUCUCGAUUGUGAAUGAACAGCCGAUCCAUUCACAGUCGACCUCGCAGUCCUCUGAACCUGGGUCAUUGAUGUUCCCCUAUAUCCAUGGCAUAUUAGCGUUCGAUACACCGUACCUAGGCAUUGCGCCGGGAGUGGUAGCACACGGCGCGGAGAAGCACUGGGCUACUGCCUCUUCCGCGUAUGCGGCGUACAAUAAUCUGGCCGGCGCGUUUGGAUGGGGCGCGAAGAGCUCUGACGGUGCUAGUACGGCUGUAGGUGCAAGUAAGAUGAUCGCGUCGUCGCAAACGACAGCUACAGCGGCAAAAGCCGUCAACGAUGCGAACUCCGGCACGGCCACCGUGCCUUUGUGGCAGAAAUACGGCAAAGCUGCGUUGGUUGCCGGAGCCGCGGGCGCAGUAGCUGCGGGCGGAGCAGCGGCCUAUCUAAAGCGUGGACAGAUUUCCGAGGGAUGGGCAUUCGCGACCUCGCAUCUCGAGUUUGUGGGGAGUCUAGCACGGCCGGAGGAGCUGCGGAGACGGCUCGCAAACGUGGUGAGGUUGUCUGAAGAGUUGCAUGUCGGGUUCGCCAACAUGUACACUGCGCUGGGCCAUGCGGUGAAUGCUCAGAACGAGAAGAAGGCCGCACCCUGGACGGGUAAGGUCGCGGGGAUCGACCGCACGUUUUGCAACUUGCCGAAGGGAGAGUUGAAGCGUUUCUUCAUUCCCGCGGUCAACGACAAAGCGACGGAGGAGACGUGGGCGCACAUGAGUAUGUUUGAGCCGCGGAGUAACCCGGGGUACUACACGAUGAGCGAGACGGCGAAGGAGACGAUCGUGGAGUGGGUCGAGGGGACGGCCUGGUAUUCGGAGAGCGAAGCAGCGUCUUCAGGCAUGGGAACGGGAGGAGUAGUGCUGGACGACGAAGAGGGCGGGGAUGAGGAUGAGAUGGAAGUGGAGGAAGGGUUUGAGAAGGUGCAGAAGCCGCAAGAGGACAACCUUGCGAAUCCGUGGCGAGAUGAACUCUAG